AUAUCGGAUAUAAAUACCAGUCUAAUAAUUGUUACAAUGGUAAAAGAGCAAUACCGUGCAACAGAUGUUGCCAAGAAAAUAAGCCAAGUAUGCUUUGGGGUUCAAACACCCCAGGAAAUGAGACAAUAUGCUCACUUGCAGGUAGUACCCAAGAUUCUUUAUAGCCAAGACUUGAGUCACCAAGCUGUUGAGCAUGGAGUGUUGGACAGACGGAUGGGCACGAGUCAAAAGGAUAAAAACUGUGACAGUUGUGGUAAAAACCUCGCAGAAUGUGUGGGACAUUAUGGGUAUGUUGAUCUCGAAUUGCCGUGCUUUCAUGCUGGCUAUUUCAGGGCAGUUAUUAACAUUCUACAAAUGAUCUGCAAAUCUUGCAGUCGUGUCAUGUUGAUGGAAGCGGAUAAACAUGCGUAUAAAGACACACUGAAACGGCCUGGGCUUACUUACUUACAGUUGCGGUCUUUGAGGAAAAAGAUUCACACGCAAGCAAGAAAAUGCAGUUCGUGUUUUUACUGUGGUGCUAUGAAUGGCACAGUAAAAAAAUGCGGCUUACUUAAAAUAGUCCAUGAAAAAUACAAAAGCAUGACCAAGAAAAUUAUUCGUCCUGAAAUUGAGGAGUUUUAUCAGUCAUUUAAUUUGGCUGUGAAACACAAUAAGGAGCUAGAAAGUUAUGUUCAUCGUGCACAUGAAGAUUUGAACCCUUUGGUUGUGCUGGAGUUGUUGAGAAAUAUCCCUGACAAAGAUGUUCCUUUGCUUGUAAUGAAGGCGCAAGCAAGCAGGCCCGAGGAUUUGAUAAUAACUCGUAUUAUUGUGCCCCCGUUGUGUAUUAGACCUUCAGUUAUUACUGAUUUAAAGUCAGCUACAAACGAGGACGAUCUGACCAUGAAACUGACCGAGAUAAUUUUCUUAAAUGAUGUAAUACAGAAGCACAGAGCAACAGGUGCUAAGUCACAUAUGAUAAUGGAGGAUUGGGACUUCCUGCAGCUGCAGUGCGCUCUCUAUAUAAACAGUGAGUUAUCUGGCAUUCCGUUUAACAUGAAGCCUCAAAAACCUACAAGGGGUUUUGUGCAGAGACUCAAAGGUAAACAGGGAAGAUUUCGUGGCAAUCUUUCGGGUAAGCGAGUAGAUUUUUCGGGCCGUACAGUAAUUUCUCCAGAUCCCAACUUGCGUAUUGAUCAGGUUGGAGUACCAGUUCAUGUCGCCAAGGUUCUCACAUAUCCUGAGCGUGUGACAAAAAGCAAUAUUGAAUUAAUGAGAAAGUUGGUUAUCAAUGGCUCCGAUAAUCACCCUGGUGCAAACUUUAUACAACAAAGACAUAACAACAUGAAACGUUUUCUAAAGUAUGGUAACCGUGAAAAAACAGCUAAUGAGUUACGCUAUGGUGAUAUUGUCGAAAGGCAUCUUAUGGAUGGAGAUGUAUGUCUGUUCAACCGACAACCUUCACUGCAUAAGCUGAGCAUCAUGGCUCACUUUGCUAAAGUAGCUGACCAUAGAACAUUCCGGUUUAAUGAGUGCGUGUGCAAUCCAUACAAUGCUGAUUUCGAUGGUGAUGAAAUGAACUUACACUUGCCACAAACUGAAGAAGCUAAGGCUGAAGCUCUGUUUUUGAUGGGCACCAAAAAUAACAUGGUAACACCUCGCAAUGGUGAGCCUCUUAUAGCUGCCAUUCAGGACUUUAUCACAGCAGCCUACCUACUCACUCAGAAAGAAGUGUUCUUUACCAGGGCCCAGGCAGCGCGAAUUAUUAGCUACAUUAUUGCAUAUGAGGAUCGUCAAACCAAGAUAGACCUUCCCCCUCCAUGCAUUAUUAAACCCGCUACUUUAUGGACAGGAAAGCAAAUCUUUAGUCUGAUUCUUAAACCUAAUAAAGAAUGCCCUGUUAGAGCGUGUCUUCGGGCCAAAGGCAAGCAAUACUGUGGGAAAGGAGAGGACCUAUGCUACAACGAUUCUUUUGUCGUAAUUUACAACUCGCAACUUCUGGCUGGUGCAAUGGAUAAGUCCACAUUGGGCUCUGGUUCUAAGAACAACAUAUUCUACAUUUUGCUGAGAGAUUAUGGACAAAAAGUAGCUGCUGAUGCAAUGUGGCGACUUGCACGAAUCUGCCCGGUUUUCCUGAGCAACCGUGGGUUCUCUAUUGGAAUUGGAGAUGUAACUCCAGGUGAAGGUCUUCUGCAGGCAAAGCAUGAAUUACUCACUGAAGGAUACAGAAAGUGUGAUGAAUACAUUAUGGCCUUAGCUCGUGGUAAAUUGCCUGCACAGCCUGGCUGCACGCCAGAACAAACUCUAGAAGCUGUCAUCUUGAAGGAACUGUCAGUUAUUCGUGAUUACGCAGGUAAAGCUUGCUUGCGUGAAUUAGAUAAGAGCAACACUCCACUUAUAAUGGCAGUGUGCGGAUCCAAAGGUUCUUUUAUCAAUAUUUCUCAGAUGAUCGCUUGUGUGGGACAGCAAGCUAUUGGAGGCAACAGGGUACCGAAUGGUUUUGAAGACCGGCCAUUACCCCAUUUUGAAAAGCAUUCUAAAGAUCCUGCAGCUAGAGGCUUUGUUGCUAACAGCUUUUAUUCAGGUUUGACGGCAACUGAGUUUUUCUUCCACACUAUGGGUGGUAGAGAGGGCUUGGUGGACACAGCAGUUAAAACAGCAGAGACUGGAUAUAUGCAGCGUCGGUUAGUUAAAUCUCUAGAAGAUCUGUGUGGCCAUUAUGAUCUUACAGUCCGGUCGUCUACUAAAGAUGUGGUACAGUUUGUGUACGGGGAAGAUGGCUUAGAUCCAACUGACAUGGAAGGAAAAAAUCGGCCCGUUGAUUUUACACGAGUGCUGCAAGUUGUCCAGGCAAAUUUUCCCUGCCAGCACCAGCCCCCUUUGUGUGAGAAGUCAGUCAAAAAACAAGCUGAAGAAUUAAUUCAAAAGAAGCAAGACCUCUCUGAAGACUUUCGUCAAGAUUUGUUAAAAUUCUUAAACACGUAUGCUGAGGAUUUGACCAAAACUCGAACCCGGUAUGGGAUAAAUGAUAACGGAAAAACAGAGCCUGCUGUUCUGUAUGAAUUGCUGAGGAUAACUUCAAAACAAUUGAAGGAGUUUAUUGAUAUGGCUUGCUCGAAAUACAUGAAAGCACGCCUGGAACCAGGCACUGCUGUUGGGGCACUGUGUGCGCAGAGUAUUGGAGAGCCAGGAACCCAGAUGACACUGAAAACUUUUCACUUUGCCGGUGUUGCAUCCAUGAACAUCACGCUUGGUGUUCCCAGGAUCAAAGAGAUUAUCAAUGCUUCAAAAAACAUCAGUACUCCCAUUAUCACUGCUCAGUUGACGAAUGAUAAAGAUGCUGACAUAGCUCGUGUUGCUAAAGGUCGAAUAGAAAAGACCACACUGGGUGAAAUUUGUUCUUUAAUGGAAGAAGUAUAUCAGCCUGACGAUUGCUACAUUCUCAUCAAAAUCGACCUGCAAAGAUGCCGACUUCUCAAGAUUGAAGUUAAUGCAGACACUGUACGUUAUAAUCUUUGUACGUCUAGACUUCCCAUAAAGCCAGCUCAGGUUGUCAUCCAGUGCAAGGACAUCAUUACCAUGCAUCCAGCAGCAAACACAAAGCAGUCGCUAUAUAAUGUCAUUCAAUCGUUAAAGGAGGCAGUGCCUAAGGUGGUGGUGCAAGGUUUGCAAGCAGUUUCUCGUGCAGUCAUUCAUAUUGAUGAAUCAGAUGGAGGGUCGGAGAAAUACAAACUUCUAGUUGAAGGCAAUGACUUGAGAGGUGUGAUGGCCAUUCCUGGUGUUGUCGGUGAAAAAACUACUUCUAAUAACACCAUGGAAGUUGAAAGGUGUCUAGGAAUUGAAGCUGCGAGACAGACCAUUAUCAAUGAAGUCGAAUACACAAUGGUGAGCCAUGGAAUGAGCAUUGACCGGCGACACCUCAUGCUGCUUGCCGAUCUGAUGACCUACAAAGGGGAGGUGCUCGGUAUAACGCGCUACGGGCUUGCCCGGAUGAAAGAGAGUGUUCUGAUGCUUGCGUCGUUUGAGAAGACAUCGGACCACCUCUUUGAUGCUGCAUAUUAUGGACAAACAGAUGUGAUAACUGGUGUGUCAGAAUGCAUUAUCAUGGGUAUACCCAUGAACAUUGGAACUGGUAUUUUUAAGCUGCUUCACAAACCAGUAAAGAAAGUUCAAAGCCUGAAACGAAAUUUGAUUUUUGAUCAACCAGAACUUCACUUGAACACUGUACCAAAGUAAACUUCAACUGCCAAUGUGUAAACACAAAUUAUUUCGUUUAAUUUUUUAUAGGCUCAAUCUCAAUCAUGAUAUUAAGUUAAAAUGCUGUUUUUUUCUAAAAAAAAAAGUUUAUUAUGGUGCUGUGGUGGUGGUGGUUAUACAACAACAGACUAUAUGACUGUGUUUGUGAAUUAGAUUUUUUUCAACAAUUCGAGUAUUGUACUCUGUUACCAGGAUACUGGAUACUGUUUGCCACUUCCCCUGUGUUUUGUAAGUCACGACUUCCUAUUAACAACUGUCUCAAGCUAUUUAUUUUGGCUGGUACAAAUUUCCAGUAAUUAAGCAGGAUGCACGUCUUUCGCAAAUCUCGUUUGUCUGUCCGAGUGUCAGUAUAUAUUCGACAUUUAAUCUGUUUAAUCCUUAAUUAAUGCUAAAUAGCAGAUGUUGUGCCAAUUUAAAAUUCUAAACCAUUGAAAAUUCAGUCUGCUGUCAACUAUGUUCAUUUUUGUUUUUCA